UUUAAUGAGCCCGAACGGGAGGAGAUUUUAGAGAAAGCAACAGAAGCCCUAAAAUUACCUGAUGUCCAACUCAAUAAACCUGCAGGGAUCGAGCCUCUAACUGCAGCCCAACUUAGAACCGAACCAGAAUGGGACUAUAACACCACGCCUGGGAUUUGGUAUCUGAAGGCGUUUCGAAAAGCCAUCUUACAUGGGAUAAGGCUCGCGGGAAAAAAAUCUACAAAUUGGACUAAGAUCAGGGAGGUAACCCAAGAACCUGAUGAAACUCCCACCGCCUUCUAUACCAGGCUAAUAACCGCCUUUCGAACAUGGGGGGGGAUCGAUCCUGAUACCCCAGACAACCAAGUAGUGGUGAAAAGCUUCUUUAAAGACCAAGCUUGUCCAGACAUCAGAAAAUUCCUCUCCCUCCAAGUAGCCUAUGAAGGGAAACCCAUGAGUGAGAUCCUCGGGCUUGCGAAAACCAUUUAUGAUGGAAGGGAUGAGAAAAAGAAAAAGGAGGCAAGGAAGGAAAAGGAGGACGAUGCUAGAGUCCUCGCCUUGGCUUUGAGUGCAGCCAGUACCGCAUAUAACCCCCAACCUAGUUACCCCUUCAGAAAUUCAAAGGCUCCCACACAACCUAGAGGGAUGAACGCACAUGCAAAUCGACAAGCCUCUCCUUACCAAAGGGCUAACAAUGUCCAGCAUCGAGAGACCACCUCUCAAUGCUUUUUCUGCAAUCAAAUAGGGCAUUUCAAGCGAAAUUGUCCAUUAUUCUUAAAUACCGUGGCACCAAAACCAGCUCUAGGGAUGGGAUCCAAUGCAGCACAAAACCCUAACCCGAUAGCGCCAAACCCUUUCCAGAAUCAGCGCCCAUUCCAACUACCGCUGGAAUUUAACCAGGAGCAAAUGCAACCCACUCUUAAUUCAGAGACUAACCAAUGACAAUUAAACGGGGAUCCUUCAAACCUUGCCCUGGUAUGCCCGACAAUUGCCUUAUCAGCCCAUGACCCCAUAUGCACAAUCACCAUAGAUGGCCAUGAGUAUCAGUGUUUACUAGAUACAGGGGCAACUUUCUCAACUUUAAACGACAGUCAUCUGAGGUCCAGUCAGCAAAAACAACGUAUAAUGGGCAUUGAUGGGAUCCCCAGGACAUGCGCUCUUUCAGAGCCAGCGAAAGUAACGAUAGGGCCCCUGACUGCUGAGCACUCAUUUCUACUGACCCCGAGCCCUGUCAACCUACUAGGGCGAGACCUACUAUGUAAAUUACAGGCAACUAUAACUUGCAGCACUGAGGGUAUCUACCUCCACAUGCCAGAAGAGGCGGCAGUCUCCUUUCAAGGCAUUUUAAAGGAAGAAAACCUGACUGAUUUAGAAAUACCAACCCCUCUGAUUGACAAGGUACCAGUUCACCUAUGGGGAAAUACUAAUACCUCUGUGGGACUCUUAAAAUCGGCAGAUCCCGUUGUUAUUAAAUACCGCACUGAUGUCCCAUACCCCUCCAUCAAACAGUACCCCUUGCCGCAGGAGGCAAUAGAAGGAUUGAGGCCAAUGAUACAGGAUUUUAUGGAUCAAGGCAUCCUUGUUCCCUGCGUCAGCCCAUGCAAUAGUCCACUCCUGCCGGUACGCAAGCCAUCACCCCCGGGUGCCCCAGUUAAAUACAGGCUUGUCCAAGACCUCAGAAUUAUCAACAACUUUGUGAUACCCCGCCACGCCAUCACCGCCAACCCUAAUACAAUUUUGACCGGAAUCCCACCAGAUAGUACAUAUUUCAGUGUCAUUGAUUUAUGCUCCGCCUUCUUUUCCAUAAGAGUGCAUGAGAAAAGCCAAUUUCUGUUCGCCUUUACAUGGGAAAAAGGACAGCUGACUUGGACUAGACUCCCACAGGGAUAUGUAGAGAGCCCAACAAUUUUUGCUUGUGCAUUGCAUAGGGACCUACAAGACCUCUCCUUUCCUGCUGGCUCCUCCCUUUUAAUAUAUGUAGAUGACUUGAUAAUUUGCUCCACCUCCGCAACUAAUUGCCACAUGGACACCGUCCAUCUACUAACCGCCCUUGCCGACAAGGGCCACAAGGUCUCACCAAAAAAACUACAAUAUUGCCAAACUGAAGUAAAAUACUUGGGCCACAUAAUUGGCCACGGAACAAGAGCUUUGACAACUGAAAGAGUAGAUGCUAUAGCUAAGGUUCCCCUGCCAAAGACCAAGAAACAGCUCCGCGGGUUUCUAGGAAUGAGCGGAUUUUGCAGGUCAUGGAUCCCAGGGUAUGGAGAAUUAACCAAACCCCUUGUAAAGAUGACUAAUAAGGACGAACCAGAACCCCUUGAAUGGUCCAAAGAAAGCCUACAAAAUUUUGAAACUAUCAAAAGGGAACUGAGGUCCGCUCCAGCCUUAGGAUUGCCAGACUACCGUCUCCCCUUUUCGCUGUUCGUGCAUGAACAGAAAGGGGUAGCCUCCGGAGUUCUGACACAAACCUUCAGAGGCCAGGAACGUCCUGUCGCCUACUACAGUAUUCAAUUAGACCCGGUAGCUAAGGGGACUGUAGGUUGCCUCAGGGCAAUUGCUGCCGCUGCGGAAUUAGUGGACAGAGCCCUAGAAAUCGUUCAAAAUCAAGAACUAAUCCUAAAUGUACCACAUGCUGUAGCCACCUUGUUAAACUUACGAAACUGUCAACAUUUUAGUAACGAACGACUAAAUCAGUACGAAGCUGCCCUGCUCACACCAUCCAACGUGCGCAUUAAAAGAGUCAAUACCCUAAAUCCAGCCACCCUACUGCCUCUGCCCGACGACGGGACCCCCCAUCACGAUUGCACCUUAGCAGUCCGCUUGGCCGAAAGGCCACGGGAAGAUUUAGACCACCUUCCCUUGGAAAACCCAGAUAUCUCAAUCUUUACAGAUGGAAGUUCCAAGGUCGUGGCUGGAACAAGACAAACUGGGUACGCUGUGGUAACACACGACACCAUCCUAGAAGCUGCACCUAUAAACCCGCGCUACAGUGCGCAGGCAGCUGAGCUUAUUGCCCUUAUCAGAGCUUGCGAAUUGAGUGAAGGCAAGCGCGUAAAUAUCUAUACUGAUUCCAAAUAUUGUUUCGGACUGGUACACGCUACGGGUACCCUCUGGAAACAGAGGGGAUUCCUAACAGCUGCAGGAACACAAAUCUCUCACGCACCGCUAGUGAAAAGACUAAUGGACUCCAUACAUUUCCCGAAGGCCAUCUCAGUAAUACACUGCAAAGCACACACAAAUGGCACGGACUUUGUCUCCUUAGGGAAUAGUAUUGCGGACGCCGCUGCCCAGAAGGCAGCGGCCAUGAGAGGGGAAAUGUAUGAAAAUGAAUUUCAAGCCAUCUUAGUUCCAGCCGAUGUAGACUUCAAUCGAAUGUAUCGCACCGCUAGUGUAGAAGAAAUAAGCUCAUGGCAACAACUGGGGGCACACCAAAGGGACAAUGCGUGGGUUUUGCCGGACGGACGUCUAGCAAUGCCUAAAGCCUGGGUACCCCGCCACCUCCGGGUUUUACACAAUUUCACACACUGGGGAGCAAACCGCCUAGCAGACAGCAUCCUUAGGCAUUGGUAUGCCCCAGGUGCACACCAAUUUGCGAAGGCAGUAUCCAAAAAUUGCACCAUCUGCGCCGGAUUCAACCCAAAACAAGAACCACGCAAACCACCAGGGUCUAGACCUUGGGCAUAUAUACCCUUUGAAAGCCUACAACUAGAUUUUGCAGAACUCCCGAACUGUAUGGGGUUUAAACAAUUACUUGUCAUAACAGACCGACUUUCAGGUUGGCCAGAAGCUUUUCCAUGCAAACGAGCAAAUGCUCAAACCGUUGCCAAAAUCCUCAUGCAGGAAAUAAUUCCCAGAUACGGAGUUCCACGUCGAUUAGACUCUGACCGUGGGACACAUUUCGCUGCAGAGGUAGUUCAGUCUGUCACCAAGGCAUUUGGAAUUAAAUGGGAACUCCACACCCCGUACCAUCCGGCCUCUUCAGGUCAGACGGAGCGGAUGAAUGGACUUAUAAAAACCCAAUUGGGAAAAAUCUGUAAGGCUACCGGGCUAAAAUGGAUAAAUGCUCUUCCGUUAGUCCUACAUAAUAUUCGUAGCCAGCCGAGAGGACUCUUGAAACUAUCUCCCUAUGAACUCCUGUUCGCCAGACCCUCCCCGACUCAUACCACCCAACUCCCCGUCUCUGAGCUAGAGACUGGGGAAAACGAACUGACUGUAUAUGUUACACAAUUACAACGACAACUAAAGAAACUACACCAUUAUGCAGCAACCUGUCAGAAUGUUCCCCUUGAUGUCGAUGCUCACUCCUUCACGCCUGGACAGUGGAUUUGGGUUAAAACUUACAGGCGAGCCACCUUACAACCCCAGUGGGAAGGACCCUACCAGAUUCUCCUGACGACCCCAACUGCAAUCAAGGUCUCUGAACGUUCUGCCUGGAUUCAUCACACCUUCUGUAAGUCCGCACCAAACCCCAACGACCUGGGUGACGUUGCAAGGACCUCCCCAUCUUCCAUCAACUCCACCGAAGACACCGUCCCACUCGACAAUCCCGCGCCAGCCAUCGAAUCCCCCCAAGACCCUCCCGAGGAACCCACCUCGAUCCCAAUAACAGCCAAGGAAGGUGACCAAGGAGACCUGGAGAAGUGGAUGUCAAAGAUCCUUGUAGUACCUGAACCAGACGACCCAGAUCAUCCACCCAUACGAAUGCAGUUCCGGAAACAGAAAUGCCACGACACCGGGAGCGGGACCUGAAACCCCAGUUUUUGUUUUACCUUCCCUUUCUCAUACCACCUUCCCAAAAC